AUGAAUGGGAAACAAGUGGACAGUACAGCCAUCUACGUCAAGACGGACGACAGCGACGAGCCGAAGAAGGUCGGCAGCUACGAGAACCAGGGCAGCUUCUGCGAGCUGGCACUGAUGUACAACAUGCCGCGGGCGGACUCGGAGGGCUCGCUCUGGGCCAUGGAUCGACAGACGUUCCGGCGCAUCGUGCUCAAGAACGCCUUUAAGAAGCGGAAGAUGUACGAGCAGCUGCUGGAGUCGGUGCCCAUGCUGAAGACGCUGGAGUCGUACGAGCGGAUGAACCUGGCCGACGCGCUGGUGCCGCGCACCUACAAGGACGGCGAGCUGAUCAUCGAGCAGGGCGACACCGCCGACGGCAUGUACUUCGUGGAGGAGGGCACGGUGCGCAUCAUGCGCGGCGAGCAGGGCCAGGACGAGGUGCAGAUCAACGCGAUCGAGAAGGGCGGCUACCUGGGCGAGCUGGCGCUCAUCACCAAGAACCCGCGCGCCGCCUCCGCAUACGCCGUCGGCGACGUGCGGCUGGCCUUCCUGGACCGCGAGGCAUUCGAGCGUCUGCUGGGCCCCUGCAUGGACGUGAUGAAGCGCGAGAUGGAGAACUACGAGGAGGAGCUGCAGAAGAUAUUCGGCUCCAGCGUCAACAUUUCGGACGUGCGAUGAGCCGGAGGCCAGCGGACUGGCCGGCCCGGCCCGCUCUGCCAUUCCAGUGUCUAGUCUCCGGCCGCGGCCGACCGACUGGAACGAUCCGGACAGCGUCUGUAGGGUUAUAUGGCGCGGUGGCGGGCCCCGGCGGCCCCGGCCACGUCGGCCGGCCGUGUUCACUGUUGUAGAGUAGGUUCAGUGUGAUGCCUUCGGGCGGGGUGUCCGGCGUCGGGUGGCCGCGGCCGCUGGCUGUCUCGUUCGCCUGCCGUCGGGUGAGUGCGUGCCGCCAGACUGCCUCCGCCGGCGCGGCGACAUAUUUUUGCACACGAAUGUGCCAAAGGGCGGCGGUGGCGGCGGCAGCAGCAGCGACAGGGAAGCCGUAGUGCCGACACAGAGAUCGAUGGCAGCCGCCAACCGGCCGUGACGAGCGCGGCGCACCGCCGCCGACGAGCUUACCGAGGCCAACCGAGCACGGCCUGCUACACAGACUGAGACUUGAACCCAGCGCUGCCCGAGGCGCUCUCCGCCCGGCGGCGGUGCCGUGGACGCGGCCGGAGCGCCGUCCGGGCCGAGCUGGCGUGGCGGUCCCCGCCGGCCGCUCCCGGGCCACACCCACCACCCGUUCCGUGUACUUGAGUAACCCAGUUCUGUCUGCCGCUCCGUUCGUUGAGGGUGUUCGUUUGCGUUGCAGUCGGCCGUUGAGUGGCGGGCGCUGGCCGGUGGUCGGAUCGAUUCCCGGCAAUCUAUGCAGUGCGUUUCCGAUGGCCCGGUGCCGCCCUCUCGGCAUCACUAGUUAUCGUUUGUGCCCGCUGGUAGCGCUGCGUGCACCUGUUGCCGCAGAGGCCGCCCAGACCUUCUCAAGCAGUUAUUUGUGUAAACGAGUUUCAAUAAAGUUACCAGUUUCAGA